AUGAAAGCUUUGAUUCUUGUAGGAGGUUUCGGUACUAGAUUACGUCCAUUGACAUUGUCAGUACCAAAGCCAAUCGUCGAAUUCGCCAAUAAAGCUAUGAUUUUGCAUCAAAUUGAAGCACUCUGCAAGAUUGGUGUCAAUGAAGUCGUUUUGGCCGUAAACUAUAGACCACAGCUAAUGUCUGCUUAUUUGGAGCCAUACGCUGAGAAGUUGGGUAUUAAAAUUUCAUAUUCACAUGAAACAACACCACUUGGUACAGCAGGUCCACUUGCACUCGCUCGUGAUCUUUUGAAUGAUGGUCAACCAUUCUUUGUAUUGAACAGUGAUAUUAUUUGCGAUUUCCCAUUUGGUGAUCUCUUGGCAUUCCACAAAGCACACGGUAAAGAGGGUACUAUCAUGGUCACCAAGGUAGAGGAGCCAUCGAAAUAUGGUGUCGUUGUUUAUAAAGAAGAUGAUGGUGCAAUUCAAAAGUUUGUAGAGAAACCACAGCAAUAUGUGGGUAACAAGAUUAAUGCCGGUAUUUAUAUUUUCAAUCCUUCAAUUUUAGAUAGAAUAGAGCCAAGACCAACAUCUAUUGAAAAAGAGAUUUUCCCAAAGAUGGCAGAGGAAGGUGAUUUAUAUUGUAUGCCACUCGAUGGUUUUUGGAUGGAUGUAGGACAACCAAAGGACUUUUUAUCUGGUAUGGGAUUGUAUUUGAAUUCUUUGAAACAGAAGGCACCAGAGAGACUUGCCACUGGUCCAGGUAUUAUUGGUCCAGUGCUCGUCGAUGAGACUGCCACCAUCAAACCGGGUUGUCUGAUCGGACCAAACGUAACCAUCGGACCAAACUGUGUCAUUGAGGAGGGUGCUCGUCUGGUCAACACCACCGUGCUGGAAGGUGCCACCGUAGGAAAGAACAGUUGGAUCAAAUCUACAAUCAUCGGUUGGGAGUCUACAAUCGGAAAAUGGGUCAGAAUGGAGAACACCUCCGUCCUAGGAAAGGAUGUUCACAUUGCCGACGAACUAUAUAUUAACGGAGGAAAGAUUCUACCGCAUAAAUCGAUUACCUCUUCCAUUCCAGAACCAGAAAUUAUUAUGUAA